UGUAAUUACAGCUUAAUCAAGUUAUUGAUAAUCCUAAAUCAACACCAACGUUUCUUCUCUGUGUCAUCAUCAUCGUCUUCCCUUCCCUUCCCUUUCGAUUCUCAAUCCGCUUCAUCUCAAUCAAUCUUCGCAGCUAGAAAAACCUUCUAAUCAAAGUUUUGGAUUGCUAAGUUUAGCUAAAUAGGUGCAGUUGUGUAGUUUUUUUUAUUGAAUGGCAUCCUCUGAAGGUAGAAUUGCGUACUCUUCGCUUUCUAAGCUAGAAAAAGAGAAAACCCACUUUGGUUUUGAUGCUAUGAAUCACCAUGUUCAGUCUACAUGGUCUGAGCCUGAGUCUACCAUUGGCACCACGAACCAAGACAUUUCAUAUGAUUCAUAUCAGUUUCCUUAUGAGGAGGAUGAAUUGUUUGAUGGAGGUUAUGACUCAAAUGAAGAGGCUCGUGGUGGUAUUGCCCGUUCGAAUAUGCCUCCUGAGGUGAAUUUGAAGAAUGUGCUUUCUGGGAUUUUUUCUAUCCUGACUGGACAAAACAAGGCUCCUAAAAUUGAUGUAAAUGAGCAGUCACCGAGUUCGAAUGUAUCGUUCCUUGGUGCUGGAAAGAAUGGAGAUGAUUUGCUUAAUGCUUCCGUUUACACGCCGAGUGCACCUCCACUUUGUCUGCCAAAUGGAGCUGAAUACAGCUCCUAUAAGGAGGUCCUUGAAGCUGAGCCACCUGAGUGGCUUCCUGAUAGUUCCACUACUGCUUGUAUGCAGUGUGCCUCUCCGUUUACUGCACUCACACGGGGAAGACAUCAUUGUCGGUUUUGUGGAGGGAUUUUCUGUCGAAUAUGUACGAAGGGACGGUGUUUAUUGCCUGUGAGGUUCAGGGAAAGGAAUCCUCAGAGGGUCUGUGAUUCCUGCUAUGAUAGGCUUGAUCCUUUACAAGGCGUUCUUAUCAACACCAUAAGCAAUGCUGUGCAGGCAGCUAAGCAUGAUGUCAUGGAUUGGACUUGUGCUAGAGGGUGGCUUAAUCUUCCUAUUGGUAUAUCUAUGGAGCAUGAAAUAUACAAAGCCUCCAAUACAUUGAGAAACUACUGUCAGGUGGCCAAAUCGAAUCCUGAGAGGUCUAUUCCUUUAUCUGUCCUCAAAAGUGCCCAAGGUCUAGCAAUUUUAACAGUUGUCAAAGCUGGCGCUCUGGUCUCUUACAAAGUUGGUACUGGUUUGGUUGUAGCUCGAAGAUAUGAUGGAUCAUGGUCUGCACCAUCAGCUAUAUGCUCCAUGGGUUUAGGAUGGGGUGCUCAGAUUGGUGGCGAGCUUAUGGAUUUUAUAGUUGUUCUUCAUGAUACAAAAGCCGUGAAGACAUUCUGCAGUCGCAUGCAUUUUUCUCUUGGGGCUGGUUGUAGUGCUGCAGCAGGGCCUGUUGGGAGAGUGCUUGAGGCAGAUCUUCGUGCCGGUGACAGGGGCUCUGGCAUGUGUUACACUUACAGUUGCAGUAAAGGUGCAUUUGUAGGAGUAUCAUUGGAAGGGAAUAUAGUUGCAACUCGGAUGGAUGCUAAUCUGCGGUUUUAUGGCGAUCCUUAUCUCACCACAUCUGACAUUCUACUAGGCAUGGUAGACAGACCAAGGGCUGCUCAGCCAUUAUACACCAGUCUUCAAGAUUUAUAUUCAAGUUUACGCUACUAGUCCCUCUCUGAUUUCAGUUGCAGAAUUGAACCUUUCAUUCUGUCAGCUGCAUGUGGAGUGUCAAAUACUGCCCAUUGUGUAUAUAUACAUUUCUAGCUCAUGCAUUGAGUUCUGAAAUGCUAUCUCCCUUGCCAAUUUGAAAUCCUUUUUAUGUUUCAUUGCAUUGCAUUAUACAAUUAUUUUCAAUAGUGCAAAAUGUCUAAAUUAUAACUUUAUAUUGUGAAUAUGUUAUUAGACGUAAUUGUACAUACUCCAUGGACAGUCGAUGGAAUAAGUUACAUUUGUUUGCUGAAUUGUAUUAAUUCACAACCACGUAUGUAGAUUGUACAUAAUCUUAAUUAAUUCGCAACCACAUUAAUAUUA